UUGGCUGUGUGAAUCAGUGUGAUUUGGUGAACGAAGAGUGUAAAUUGAAGUUGUAUAUGGAAGCUCGUUAUUGGAACAUGGCAGUGAUCGAGUGAUGAUUUCGGGACUUCACUCUUGUGACAGUUGGGAUAUUUUCCGUGAUUUCUGACACCGAUGAAACGACAAUAUGAACGGCUGGCCCGACGUACCAACUCGGACCCGCUGAUACACAGACGGAAAACAAAAACGCUUGGGUCGUCGUGAACGAGUUUUCUACAGAUCAUGUCCGUUUAAUAAAACGAGAGGAUAAUGGAUGGAACACGAGCAGCGGAAGUAUUGCCAUUGCUGCAAGAACGUUUGGCAAUACUACCAGGUGGAAGGGAUCGUAGGGGAGGACCUGUGCUUCUUUUUCCAAGCACACCGAGACGCGAACGUGCAAAACCUGAGGAUUACAGACGUCUUCUACAAUAUCUGUUUGCUAUCCCGAGUGAUGAAGCCAGGGGCUUGCGAUUUACCGUGAUUGUGGAUAUGCGUGGUACAACGUGGGACUCGGUCAAACCAAUUUUGAAGGUGUUACACGAGCAUUUUCAUCGUAUAGUUCAUGUAGCUUUUCUUAUUAAACCAGAGAACUUUUGGCAGAAACAGAGAACUUCGUUGGGUAAACAGAAGAAGUAUAAUUUUGAGAUUAAUACAAUCAGCUUAGAGGCUCUUGUAAAGGUUAUAGAUCCUUCUCAGCUCACUGCAGAUUUAGAUGGAUCCUUGCAAUAUGAUCAUGCUCAGUGGAUCGAUACUAGAUUAGUUGUAGAAGAUUUUACAUGGCAGGCAGCAGAUCUUCUCGAUCGAUUAGAUGACUUGCAAGAGGAUCUCAGUCGAAAUGACUUCGCUGACGAUGUUGCAGGGGCUAAGCAUGGAAUUGAUCUACAUAAUGAGAUGAAAAAAAAGAUCAUGAAAGUUCCAGUGGAAGAUAUCGAAGUUGUUGGACAACGCUUGCUUCAGCGAUUUAACAAUGACGCAACAGCAACCAGUGGAGAAGGAGGAAGUAUUGACUGUGGCGCGGCAAGUUGCGCAGAUUCUGAUGGACAAGCACUGGCUACCUUAGUUAUUCAACAUUUGGAUUCCGUGCACGCUGCGCAACAACAUCUAUUACAGUUAUGGCACAUCAAGAAGAUGAAAUUAGAUCAAUGUUUUCAGCUGCGAUUAUUCGAGCAAGAUUGCGAGAAAAUGUUUGAUUGGAUUUGUCACAACCGAGAAGCAUUUCUUACCAGUUACGUGGAGAUUGGCCGUUCGUAUCAGUUGGCCAAAAAUUUGCAGGAGGAACAUAAACAUUUUACAAUGAGCUCAAUGAAUGUUUACGUGAAUAUAAAUAAAAUUCUCACAAUGGCUGGCAAAUUGCUGGAGACACAACAUUAUGCGGCUGGGCAUGUACGAGCGGUGGCGGGACGCCUGGAUCAAGCUUGGAAGGAAUUUGCCGCAGGUCUCGAUGAACGUACCGCGGUACUUAGUUUAAGUGUAGUGUUUCAUCACAAAGCGGAACAGUAUGUCGAUAAUGUAACUGGCUGGAGUCAAGCGUGCGAGAUGAGUAAUCUACCCAGUGAAAUUCCAGUUCUUGAAUCUCACAUUCGUCAACACCAAACUCUUUAUGAAGCAAUGUGUCAAGCGUAUACAGAGGUGCAUAGUACCAGUAAGAAGCUUCUUUAUCAACUGGAUCAUCUUGUACAAGUCUGCAAUCAACCACAAGGAAUUGACUAUGUCGCCAGAAAACAUAGUCAAGAUGGACACAGUAUUGACAGUCACACCGGCACGAGUGGUAAUCCAGCAGCUGAUUAUAGCGAAGGCGCAUCUCAUGUAUUAGCUGUCAUUCAUCAGAUUCUGGGUCAUCACAGAGCAUUGGAAGCGCGCUGGCAUGCUCGCAAAGUCAAGUUGCAUCAACGACUUGCAUUAAAAUUAUUUCAAGAAGAUGUAAAACAAGUUCUCGACUGGCUGACUAAUCAUGGUGAAGUUUUCAUUAGGAAAAACACAGGCGUAGGUCGUAAUCUGCAGAAAGCACGCGUUUAUCAGAAAAGCCAUGAACAUUUUGAAAAUGUUGCUCAGAAUACUUACACAAAUGCAACUAAGCUUUUAACUGCUGCUGAAGAACUUGCUCAUACAGGGGAAUGUGCACCUGAUGAAAUAUAUGCAGUGGCACAAGAAUUGGAGGCUCACGUUAGUAGCUUCGCAGCAAGAGUCGAGCAACGGCGUCGCAGAUUAGAUCUGGCAGUGGUAUUUUAUACUCAUGAAAAGGAGCUCACCGGUUGGGUAGACGAGUUACGUCAGGAAUUGCAACAGGAUGAGGUUGCGGAAAAUCUGGAAACAGCGGAAAGGUUGUUGGAACAAUGUGCUCAGCAUAGAUCGUCCUGUCUUGAGGCGUGCGCUUCGACAAUAGCCCAGGGCGAAGCACUAUUGCAAGAAUUGCGCGAGGCAACCGACGCGCCCGACACAACCGGCUCAAUAUCGGCGGUGGAAUCAGCCUUGGAUAGAUUAGCAAGCUUGAGACAAGAAUUGGAAGACUUGUGGGCCACCAAAAAGCUGAGACUAGAACUGUGUCUACGAUUACGCGUCUUCGAGCGCGACGCAUUAGAGACUAGUGGUCAGCUGGAGAUGUGGACACAAGAGCUGCAGGGCCCACCGCGAGAAGGUUCUCCAGAACAGUUGCUGCGCGUGCACAACGAUGGAGUCGCCCAUAUGCAAAAUACCGCUUUCCAAAUUCUACAUCGUGGUCAAGAAUUGGCGCAAGUUUUGGAGGAAGCAGGGUUGUGUAUUAUGGCGGACGGUCAACAUAGUGCGGCAGCGCGGGUGCAGGUGCUUCUCGAGUUUUUAAAUGAGAGAGAACUGGAUGCAGAGGACCUCGCAGAAAUGCGAAGAGUACGGCUAGAGCAAGCUUCUCAAUUACUGCAACUGCAGACGGACGCUUCUCAUGUGAUUAAGUGGAUACGAAACGGUGAAUCGAUAUUAUUGGCUUCGCUGAGGAUACCAGACGAUUUUGAAGAUGCCGAUCAAUUAGGAAAGGAACACUAUCAUUUUCAACUUGCGAUAACAAAUACUCAUGCGUCUGCCGUACAAGUGAAGCAUAAAGCGGAUUCUUUGAUAAGCGGGAAUCAUUACGACCCUAAAAGUAUUAGGGAGGUCGCGGAGGAUGUUACCAAACGAUGGCAACAACUAGUGACCUGUGCGGAAGAACGACAUAAAUUAAUUACUGCCAGUUUAAACUUUUACAAAACAGUAGAUUCGGUACGUUCGGUUCUCGACAGUUUAGAACUGCAAUAUAACGUGGAUGACGAUUGGUGUGCCGAUGGAGAAAAAGCCUCCGGCAUACCGGCGAAUAUUACAAGACACCAGGAGCAAAAGGAAGCCUUUCUAAAAGCGUGCACGUUGGUACGACGAACCGGAGAAACGUUUUUAAAGUAUAUCAAUCGUAGUCUACAAUUUUAUAGUUACCACGCUAAUAGCGCUGGUUCCGCGAACAAAGUGAAAAAUAUUUUGGAGGAGUUAGUUAGUAAAGAAAACAAAGUGCUCGAAUAUUGGACUCAACGAAAGAAACGAUUAGAUCAAUGUCAUCAGUAUGUUCUGUUUGAACGUAGUGCAAAACAGGCUCUCGAGUGGAUAAAAGAAACUGGGGAAUUAUAUUUAGCGACGCAUACCAACGUCGGUAAGAAUCGCAUAGAAAAUGAACAACUAUUGCAAGAGCAUAUCGAGUUCAAGGGUGCAGCGAAGGAAACGAGAGAAAGAGUGAAAUUGUUGAUUCAACUCGCUGACAAUUUAGUCGAGAGGGGUCAUGCUCAUGCCGCGGCGAUCAAACAAGCUGUUGCCGAAGUCGAUCAACGAUACAAGGACUUUAGUGCGCGAAUGGAUUGCUACAAAACACAAAUCGAAGGCGAUCUAGGUAUUCAACCUGAUGAGGUGCAUAGAGAUCUCUCUAUCGAUCGGAAUUCGGAUCCAUUGCUGGAAGAGAAGAUCAAAGGUAAAGAUCUGAAAGAAUUAAACGAGGAGAAGAGAAGAUCUGCACGAAGGAAAGAAUUUAUUAUGGCUGAACUGUUACAAACUGAACGUACGUACGUGAAAGAUUUAGAAACUUGUAUCCGUUGCUUCCUCGACGAGACACGAUGCGGAAAGGGAAACGUUCCAAUGGGUUUACAAAGUCGGGAAACAAUCAUUUUUAGCAAUAUAGAGGAGAUACAUCAGUUUCACAGCAAUGUAUUUUUACGUGAGCUAGAAAAGUACGAAACCAUGCCAGAGGAUGUGGGACAUUGUUUUGUAGUGUGGGCACCGAAAUUUGACAUGUAUGUAACUUACUGUAAGAAUAAACCCGAGAGCAAUCAACUAUUAAUAACGCACAGUGGAACGUGGUUUGAGGAAUUGCAGAGAAAACAUAGAGUGGAACAUCCUAUCGCUGCAUAUCUAAUCAAACCUGUACAGAGAAUUACCAAAUAUCAGUUGUUACUGAAGGACUUACAGGCUUGUUGCCAAGAAGGACAGGGUGAAAUAAAAGAAGGAUUAGAAGUAAUGUUAAAUGUGCCUAAAAAAGCUAACGAUGCCUUACACUUAAGUCUACUAGAAGGUUGCGACGUUAGUAUAGAUGCGCUCGGUGAUGUUGUAUUGCAAGAUUCGUUCACAGUAUGGGACCCAAAACAGUUGAUCAGGAAAGGAAGAGAUCGUCAUAUAUUUCUUUUUGAAUUGUAUCUUCUCUUUACAAAGGAAGUAAAAGAUUCUGCAGGAAAGGUGAAGUACGUUUACAAAAAUCGUCUGUUGACCUCCGAAUUGGGCGUAACCGAACAUAUCGAAGGUGACGAAUGCAAAUUCGCGGUAUGGACAGGACGAGCACCGACCAGCGACACACGCGUAGUGUUGCGGGCGAACUCGAUGGACGCAAAACAGCUGUGGGUGAUGCGGUUACGCGAGGUGAUACAGGAAACCUUUUUGGGCAAGAAUAUGCCUAAGAGCCCCGCUAAAAAGAGCUCCAGUCAACGCUCUAGCAGAGAUCUGGAGGAGUGUGCAUCCUUGGACGAGAGUGUGGAGAAUCUCGACAGAAAUUCCUUGGCUUCCUUCGGUUCGACUAACACUACAGAUUCUGAUAAGACCGGAGUCGUCGAGAUGACGUGGGUGAUCGCUGAUCAUAUGGCCGCGCCAGGCUCCAAAGAGCUCAGCGUGACGAAGGGGCAGCAGGUCGAGGUGCUGGAGAACGGUAACGCGAACAUCAGCACCAGCAGCGGCAUGCCCAACACUGGCGAAUGGACCCUGGUGCGUCUGCCGCUUACACCCGGACAGGCCGAGCCAGCCGCGGAAGGUCUAGUUCCCACCAGCGCCCUGAAACAACCGCCAACCGCCUCCUGCAAAACUUCACCGUCCAGAAAAGCGUCCACGCAGCAACAACAGCAACAAUCGCAUCAGCAGCAUCAUCAUCACCAUCAUCAUCACCAGCCACAGCAGCAGCAGCAGCAGCAGCAGCAGCAAUCGUCACAUCAUCAUCCGUACCAUCAGCAGCAGAUCAAUCAAGCAAUCGUCCAAACGCAGCAAACUGCCGUCACGACUUCCGCCAACACGUUGCCACCGAUCUGCUGUAUAGCCGACAUCCCGUCGAUGACACAGCAAUCGUCCUCGUUGACCGCGCUGUCAUCCACCACAGUGCUGUCACUAAUGGAGGACGCGGAAAACGCUGGAAGCGUCGACGGCAGCGGGUCGGUAACUAGUACAAAUUCACCUGGCAACAAGAGGCGAGGUUUCAGCGGACGGAAGUGGCUCCCACCUUCUUUACGCAAACUUAGCCAAGGUAAAGUCGAGAAAACCAAUACAACCGCGCCGACGUCAUCACCUCCUUUGAUUGGGCCAUCUUUGAAGAAAAACGACUCGGACAAACGCUUUAAAUUACCGAGCGGCGUCGAACAUAAUCGGCGGCCUAGCAAGACGGCGUUCGAAGUGGAGGCUGAGGAAAUCUGCAAGGAGGAGGUGGAGGGCGGGGAACAGCAGGAGGUUGAGGUAGAUGUGGACGCGGAUGCGCACGUUACAGAGAGCGACGACACGGUGGUGACGAGUUUGCAGGAGCAAAACGGUGGCGAAGAUGCCGAUGACGAUUUGGAGCUUCCACCUCCGAUGAAGCCUAUAACCGAACCGAUACUUGUAGCAACUGCGAAUGGUCCAUCAGGAUCUACAAUACCAAGUGAAUUGCCCGGGAAACGAUCUGCUAGUCUGUCGGAACGUACAAAGAUUCUUGAUGGCGGCGCGACAACAGCCGAUCUUUCGGAGAUCGAGCAGAUCGUCAAGGAGAGAAUGGAGCAACAUACAGAAAAUCAGGAGAGGCACAGUCUUAUGCGCACCCCUAAUGGGAAAUCGUUAAGCAACGAGGAGGAAUAUUGUAACGCGAUCACUUCCGAGGAAUCAGAUCCGGAGAGUACCGCGAUCGCAAAGCGGCAAUUUGUUAUUCGCGAGCUGGUAGACACCGAGAGAGAUUACGUCAAUGACUUAAAGCAGAUAGUUGAAGGUUACAUGGCACUAAUGCGAAAUCCCGAGUGCGAGAUUCCCUUACCAGAAGAUCUACGCGCUGGAAAAGAUAAGAUGGUUUUCGGUAACAUAGAAGCUAUCUAUGAGUGGCACAGAGAUUUUUUCCUCAAAGCUUUAGAACGUUGUUUAGAACGUCCUGAAGAGCUCGGACCUCUUUUUAAACGUUACGAACGAAAGUUGCACAUGUACGUGGUUUAUUGUCAGAACAAGCCCGUUUCGGAAUACAUUGUGUCCGAAUAUAUAGAUGCUUAUUUUGAGGAACUUAGGCAAAAACUUGGGCAUCGUUUGCAACUCUGCGAUUUGCUGAUCAAGCCUGUACAAAGGAUUACAAAAUAUCAACUUCUUCUACGGGAGGCACUUCGCCUCACUGAACGAACUCAAAGGUUAUCGGAAAUCGAAGGCCUCAGAGCGGCGGCUCAUGUCAUGCGAGUCAUUCCUAAAGCUGCAAACGAUAUGAUGGACGUUGGGAGAUUACAAGGUUUUGACGGUAAAAUAACGGCGCAGGGAAAACUCUUGUUACACGGCCCGCUUCUUGUAUCGGAAAUAUCAAACGUAACGAUGAGAGGAAGAGAAUGGCAAGUCUUUCUCUUUGAACAAAAUAUUAUCUUCAGCGAAACUGUCGGCAAGAAAACGCAAUUCACCAAUCCUGUCUAUAUAUAUAAAGCACAUAUUCAGGUAAACAAUAUGAGUCUCGAAGAUUCGAACGACGAUCCAGACAAAUUUAUCAUCCGAUCGACGGAUCCCCGAAACCCUGGACUAGGAUUCUCUUGUAGCGUAGCUGAAGAAAGUAGUGGACCGCGCAGGCAGGAAUGGGUAGAUACCAUCACUGCCAUCCUGCAAACUCAGCGCGAUUUCCUGAAGGCGAUACAAUCACCGAUUGCCUAUCAGAAGGAACUUACCAAAGAUCCACUCCGUGCCACCAUCACCACCACCACUACCACCACGUCUGAAUCUGUGAUACGAACAACCAUGUCGGUUCCUCCGACGCUGAUAGUCUCCGAAUCAACGAACCGAGAUUACAAGAAUCAACAACCGCUGCAACGCUCGCAAACUGGGGGAUUGGAAUGCGUACAAUCACGUACGCCCAGUCCAACAAAGAGUAGGCUAAACUUCCUGGAAGGAUUUAAGAAUACUCUACGUACACGCUCGCCGAUUCGCAACAAUUCCAUCCCGGUCGUUCCAGGUGCACGUGUAAGAUUGGCUGCGGAUUGGGGAAAGUUACACGCUGGAGACGAGCUUAUUGUCUCUCACUUGGACGGUCCGGGCUUAGUGGUGUCCCCAAUAAAUACCAAAGACGAAUUGUGGAUCCCGGCAAGUCUUAUUCCGAACUCGGCAAUCAGCCGAUCAUGGUCGUUUCGACCACGGAAAAUUGAUCUCGCAAGAUGCCACGACGCUGAUCCCCGAGAGUCAACAAUAAUGUCCCCUGAUGACAAAACACCAGUUAUCCUAAAUAGUCCAAUGUCAAUUCGCGCAAUCGUCGGUGAAGUCGUUAGACUGUCUAUUGAGACACACAACACGGAUAAUGCGACUGUCGCCUGGAGGAAGGAGGGCGAGAAUCAAUAUAUAAGAGAGAAUGAUCGCUAUCAGUUCCAACGAAGCGCGGGCUUUGUAUACCUACAAAUCAAUGGUUGCCGAACUUCAGACUCCGGGAUAUAUCACUGUCACCUAAUAGGUGAAAGGGGUGUUACCUCCGCUGGAAUUUCUCUCUACAUCGUAGGCGGAAAGAGCAGCACCUCAGCACGCGUUUUAACAUGUUCAAAGGUGGAGAUCGAUUGGGACAGGCAAGAGAUCAGUGGUGCGUCAUGUAACAUAGAAUGCAGAAUUUUACCGUCACAGCAAUGGGUGGUGAUAUCGAAACAAGUUAACGAGCCACCCGUUUUACUGGAUGUAUCAACAGAUGCUUCAUAUAGUUUUCGAGUGGUGGAUGACGAUGGGAGGACUACCUCACCAUCGAUCGUAGUGACCCUGUCGCGAUCAGAUGUAGAUGGUGGCGCGGAAUGGGAAGCCAAGCAAUUCAUCGGCAGAUAUUUGGAACUGGACGAGCUGGGUAAUGGUAGAUUCGGGACAGUUCGUCGUGCCAGAGACAAAGGUACCGGUCAAGAGGUGGCACUCAAGCAAAUUCCGCGACACAAGCAGUCGAGAUUACUGACACGCGCGGAAUACGACAUGCUAGCUUCAACUCAUCACGCUAACAUUGUCAGGGCGUUCGCCUUGUUCGAGAACGCACCUCGAUCUGGAGUGGACACCAUUGUCUUGGAAUUGGUUAGAGGUCCGACGUUAUUCGCACAUCUGAGUGAGAAAAAGGAAUAUACCGAAGCAAUGGCGACACGAUACACUUAUCAACUGUUAUCCGCGUUGCAUUGGUUGCAUUGUCGCAGCCGAGCGCAUCUGGAUAUAAAACCGGAGAACGUUUUGAUGGAUCAUGAGACGGACCAAGUGAAGGUAAUAGAUCUAGGGGAAGCAGUCAGAGCCCCCAUCAACGAGAUUGUGCCGCCUCCCGCCGAUUUGGAAUUUGCAGCACCGGAGUCGGUGUUAGGCAGACCAACCGGCACUUACACGGAUAUGUGGGCUGCCGGAGUUUUUAUUUAUGUUUUGCUAAGUGGAUUGUCGCCUUUUUUGGACGACUCUGUCGAGGAAACCACCGCUAACAUUCUUAAAUGCGAUUUCUGUUUUCCCGACGAAUAUUUCACGAUUAUAUCCGGCUAUGCAAAGGAACUCCUCGGGAGAAUGUUAUGCCUGCGUGGUGAGGAUCGAACGAACGCAGAGACCUGUCUUGGUUCGCCAUGGUUAAAAAUAUCAUCUGGUGCUACCAUACCGUCCACUAGAAUGGCCGCAUUUAUAGAGCGUCGUGCACACUGUUUUAAACUGCGUCAAGACCAUAAUGACAGUUUUCAUUCCUAAGAUUAAUAAUAUGCAGUGAGCAUGUUACUUAAAAUACAUAACAAAUUUACAUAUGUAAAUAGCAAAAUAUACUUAAAUGUUUAAUUGUUGA